GGUGUUUAAGAAUGUAUUAGAAGUGUCUUAACUUUUGCACGGGGUGGUUUAAGGUUAAUCCGAGUCAUUUCAAAGGGAUACUGAGCUGUUUAUACAGUCCUUGAAUCGGUAGUUCUACUUAACGGCCACACGAUGGCAGCAUUUGAAUAAGAAAUGUGAAUAAAGUUGAAGGUCUCUCGCUGCAUUACUCAUUAUAAACAGCAGAGGGCAGCGCAAGCGCUUUGCUGGAGCCGCGCCGAUUUAAUAAGGAGUACUGGGGGCGUGUCUCUGAGUGAAACAGACUGCAGAAGCAGCCAUUUCUAUCACAGAUGCCAAGUGCCAGUUGGGCUUUUUUUUUAAUCGAGAGUCGCUUUAAUUUUGAGAGUCGCGUUUUUUUGUUUUUUUUUAAAUGGGUGACGUGACUUCAGCAGUUAAAAAUCGGUGUCUGGAAUUGAUGUGUGAACAGCCCCACUCCCCGCCCUCUGAAAGCGGUUGGGCUUGUCUUGAAAGGCAGCGUUGCUUUUUGUUUCUCGUGAGACUUGGCAACACUGGUUUCUAUGGUGAGAGAAGAUGGCGUCUAGAGUUUUUCAGUAUGCAUUCCCCAGGCCUCUGUGUGUUCCCCAUGGUGCCCAGUCUAGGUGUAAAACCAGGUUGAACUGUAAAAGCUCCCCGAUUCUCUCCUCCACACCACUAGAGGUCCUUCUCUUCCUCAAUGGCUGGUACUAUCCUGUCUACUUCAUUGCUGAGAUACUCAUGUUCAUCUACAAAGGUCUGCUGCUGCCCUACCCACCUGCUACCCUCACUCUGGACCUGGUCCUGCUGUUCCUGUACCUGGGGGUGGAGAUUCUGCGCCUCUUCUUUGGUUCGAAGGGUAACCUGUCUCAGCGCACUCUCCCCCUGGCUGUCUCCCUGCUCCUCUCCCUGCCCUGCUCUGUGAUGUCCGUGUACUUCCUGCUGCUGCAGAGCUUCGUGCUGCGGGUCGAAGUGAUUCUCAACGCCAUCCUGCUGCUCUUCUACCUACUGGAGCUGCUCCUGGGCAUCGUGGCUCUGGCUACAUUCGCCAGGGCGGAUAUCUUCUAGCAGGACCGGAGGGACUGCGUCUGGACACAGCGGCGCACAGCUCUACAUAGGGGCUGCUUUAUACACAGCUUACAAGAUCUACUUCUAAAAGCUUUUGUACAGUUUUAUAUAUUUUUGUAUUUAUUGCAUUUCGAUCACUUUUAAAAGUGUGUGUUUUCUUUGUAUUAGUCACAGUUUAAUAUUCUAAUAUUUUUUUUAAUAAAGUACUUUUUUCAGUUUU